AUGUCUUUCCCUUUCAACUCACCUCUUUUCUCGUCACUCGUCCAACCGAUGUCACCCGAGGCUCACUUUUUAAUGUCAAUGUUCAUCGCUUCUAGAAAACCGACGAUAGCUUUGCCGACAAUGGACAAAUGGCCGACAAUGUUUCCUCAACCAGCGCCACCCCAAGCCGUCCCCAAUUCACCGCCAAUCGAAAAACCCCGUCACGAAAGCGUACAUCAAUAUAUGCGAAUGAGAGACGAGGAACAGAAAUCUGAUGUCAUUCAAUUGUUCCCUCGAAUACUCACCAAUUUCCCAUCGACUUCAAAUGCUCAAAUCAAGAUCGGAGCUCAAAUCAAAGCCGAGCCGUUCAGUCAGAUGUCGCAAAGCAAUGUAGCAACGAGAGAGAAACCGUUUAAAUGCUCGCUGUGCACGAGAACUUUUGCUGACAACAGCAAUCGCCGGAAACACGAGCUGACGCAUUCUGUCGAAACUCCCUUCGAGUGCGAUUUCUGCGAUCGUCGCUUCAAGACAAAAACCUAUCGCUCGAAACAUCACAAAAUUUGUCGACAAAAGCAUCGAUCGGAUCAUCGGAAAGACGUAAAUUCUUCGCAAAACCCUCGCCAAAAC